AUGGAGGAACAGUUCAUUCUGAGAGUACCGGAGGGCUUGAAGAGUGAGAUGGAGAAUGAAAUAAGGAAUAAAGGAUAUAUCCAGAAUAGUUCUAUAGAAAUAUUAGAGAAUAACAGAGCCAUAUUUAAGUAUAAAGACAGUGAACACCAAGGUGUGAUUGUUAGAUUACCCUGUAUAAUCGAAUCCCACAAAACUUUGGAUUGUAAGCAAUACUACAAGGUAAGUGAUGUCUCUACAAUGAUUUAUAUCCUACCCAAGGAGAUAGAGGGUGCUGAAAGUGAGAUUGAAACCAGGAUUAAGUUAAUAGAGCUAAGUGGGCUAUCUCCUCCUCUAAAGUUUUGCAAGAUAAGAAGGUUCAGGAAAAGGAGUUCUAAAUCGUUUAUUAUAGAGGAGAUAGAAGCUAAAGUUAGAGAGUUAAUAGAGAAAGAAAGGAAUUCUCUCAGUGUUGAGAUACAAUUCAGUGGUAAGGGAAUGGACGAGGAAACAGAGGAGGAGAAUGUUUCAUCACUAGUAGCAGAGUUAGAGUACAACCUUAUAGAAUCUAACAGACACACGAAGGAGCAAGAAAGCAAAAGAGAAAAAGGGGUGGGUGAGACAAUGUCAGAGAAAGAAGAAGUAGAUAAGAAAUCAGGGAUAGAGUUAAAACUACCCUCCGGUGAAGUGAUGGAGAAACUCAGACAGUUGGAUGAACUAAAAAGGAAGAUAAACGAGAAAGAAAGCCAGUUAAAAUCCGUAACAAACAUUCUUCUGAUAAGAAGAUUUCAAGAUUCCAUCAACGUACUGAAAGAGGAGUAUGAAAAGUUGAGUGAAGAGAUGGAGGAAAUCAAGAGAAGUGAAAGGAAGUGA